AUGGCUGGACGAAUGCAGAAUCAGGCUGAAGAGUCAACGCCUGCGGCAGUGACCACAACAGACAUUUCAAUAUUAGAGAAGAGUCAUGGUAUCUCCGUUGAACACAAAGCCGGGCCCGACUCUGACACGGACACCAAGCGAAGCGCGACCGACGACGAAGCUGCCAACCUGGCUCAAACAGCCGACAGUCUCCCUCUAGCCGUCAUCAUUGUUAUGAUCAUCGGUGGUGCUGAGAGGUUCGCAUAUUAUGCAUUGUCAGGACCUUGGCAGAACUACAUCCAAAACCCCCCUGGCGACUACGCGCUUCCGGGUGCCCUCGGCCUUGGUCAGGCAACAGCAACAGCAAUCAACAAUGCAUAUCGCUUCCUCAGCUUCCUCACACCUCUGAUAGUUGGCGUUCUGUCCGACACCUGGCUAGGGCGCUACAAGGCACUCCUUUGGAGCAUGAUAGUCUAUGCAUGCGGUGGUUUGAUCCUGCUCCUAACUUCUCUACCCAUUGCCCUUGACCAUGGUGCUGGUCCAGCAGGACUCGAAGCUGACUUGAGACCGGGGGACACAGUUACAGUCCCAAAGGGGACUAAUAUAAUUCUCUCAGCUGGCAAGGUUCUAGGAUGCGCAAUCAAGAGCGGCUUCCGCUUAGACAACACGAAGGCUUCUUAUCAGGCUUCUCACUACAACAGGGCUGUAUCGUGGACGGAUGAGUUUGUGGACGAGAUCAAAGUCACGCUCCGGACUUGCAGAGUUCUCCUUUCCAUGGCAGUUUUUACGCUUUGCAUGGGCCAGAUGUUGAAUAAUCUGGUGUCCCAAGCCGGCCAAAUAGAGCUUCAUGGCGUCCCAAAUGACAUGAUUCAAGCUCUGAGCGGCAUCGCCGUCGUGUUGCUUGGUCCUGUCAUCCAAGGCGUAAUGUCGCUUUUAGCGAAACGACGGAUUCUUCUCGGGCCCAUCCUACGAAUGGCCAUCUCCUUUAUUUUCACCGCCGCGGGAAUGGCUUUUGCUGGCGGUGUCCAGCAGCUAAUUUAUUCGGCUCCUCCAUGUUACAACGCGCCUCUUGCUUGUGCCGAAUCCAUGGGCGGCACGAUCCCGAACAAGAUCAAUGUCUGGUUGCAAACCCCGAUACACUUCAUACUGGCAAGUGGAGAGAUCCUCGGCUAUGUUGCAAUGGACGAGGUUUCGUACACCAAUUCCCCGCAAGGCCUUAAAUCAGUGGUACAGGCGUUCAAGCAGUUAUCCAACUGCCUGGGAAGUAUUCUUGGGCUGGCGUUAAGUCCGGUAUCCCGAGAUCCAUACCUUGUUGUGCUGUACUCCUCGUUGGCUGGCGUAAUGGUAUUGAUAACGGGCAAUUUUUGGUAUUACUUUGGAAAGUACGAUCGUCCUAAGAGAGCGGAAGAACCACCAUUGGAUACGACGGAGGAGAGCGAGGCGAAAGAAUGA